GAGUCUCGGCAGCAUCAACAGAGGGACCGUUCAGUGGUGAUUGGUGGCCGUCCUUCUCGCCGGUAUCCUUUCGUUUAUCGCCCUGCACGUGAACGUCUCCUAAGAUACUUCCUUGGCUUCAGAUGGGCUUCUAGUGAGAAAGAAGUAAAAGAGAGAAAUAUGGGGACACUGGUAAGAUGGUGGCGCAUCGUUCCCCCCUAUUUCUUGUCAUAUCCUCUUCAUUUCACCACCAAGUCAGGCUUGACAAGCAUCAAAUCCCUCAGCAGAAGAAGACCCACGAAGGAUUUUUGCAGAAGCUUUUGUUCCAUCUCUCAAGCACGCUUCUGUUCUUCUUUCUCUGUAUCCGCCUCAUCUAGUGUUCAAGAUGACAACAAUGGCUUUACCCCUACCCCAAAAUUUCAAAUAUUCAACACCAUGAGCAAACAGAAAGAGGAGUUCAGGCCCAUGGUUCCUGGUAAAGUGGGAAUGUAUGUGUGUGGAGUCACCACCUAUGAUCUCAGCCACAUUGGCCAUGCUCGCGUCUAUGUCACUUUUGAUGUCCUCUACAGGUAUUUGAGGCAUUUGGGAUACGAUGUUUGUUAUGUGCGCAACUUCACGGAUGUUGAUGACAAGAUAAUUGCCAGAUCAAAUGAAUUGGCAGAAGAUCCACUGUCUUUAAGCAACCGAUAUUGCAACGAAUUUCUUAUUGAUAUGGCUUCUCUUCAUUGCCUUCCUCCUUCUGUGGAGCCACGUGUGUCUGAGCACAUUAAUCAGAUAAUCGAUAUGAUAAAACAGAUUUUGGAUAAUGGUUGUGCUUAUGUAAUUGAUGGUGAUGUGUACUUCUCCGUCGACAAAUUUCCUGAUUAUGGUCGCCUGUCUGGUCGAAAGCUAGAAGAUAAUAGAGCAGGUGAGCGGGUUGCCGUGGAUUCGAGAAAGCAAAAUCCAGCUGAUUUUGCAUUAUGGAAAUCAACAAAGCCUGGUGAACCAUCUUGGGAAAGUCCCUGGGGACCUGGGAGACCUGGAUGGCAUAUUGAGUGCAGUGCUAUGAGUGCCACUUAUCUUGGUCACUCUUUUGAUAUCCAUGGAGGAGGAAUGGACCUUGUAUUUCCACACCAUGAGAAUGAGAUUGCACAAAGUUGUGCUGCCUGCUCUAAGAGUCAAGUUGGCUAUUGGAUGCAUAAUGGCUUUGUCAAUGUAAACUCAGAGAAAAUGUCUAAAUCACUAGGAAACUUCUUCACUAUCCGUCAGGUGAUAGAUCUUUACCAUCCACUGGCUUUGAGGCUUUUCCUGCUGGGUACACAUUAUCGCUCUCCAAUGAACUACUCGACUGUGCUACUUGAGAGUGCAUCUGAUCGUGCUUUUUACAUCUAUCAGAGUCUACAUGAUUGUGAAAAGCUGCUGCUCCAGUCUCAUGGGUCUCAAUUAAAGGACACUGUGGCAGUUGAGACACAAGACUGCAUUAGAAGGUUUCAUGCUGCUUUCCGAACUUCUAUGUCAGAUGACCUACAUACUAAUGUUGUCUUGGCUGCUUUAACUGAACCACUGAAGACCAUGAAUGAUCUUCUCCACACACGCAAGGGGAAGAAGCAGGCGCUGCGCAUUGAAACUCUGCAAGCUCUAGAGAAGGAAGUCAGUAGUGUCUUGAGCAUCCUGGGGUUGAUGCCAUCUAAUUGUUCUGAGGUUGUAGGACAGCUGAAAAGCAAAGCAUUGUUGCGAGCUGGGAUUACUGAAGAGGAAGUUUUGAUAAAAAUUGAGGACCGAAAUUCAGCUAGGAAGAACAAGGACUAUGAGAAAUCCGAUAAGAUCAGGGAGGAGUUGGCAGUGAAAGGGAUUGCACUUAUGGAUAAUCCUGAUGGAACCACAUGGAGACCUAGCGUUCCUCUUGAAAUGCAAGAACUAUUGAUUUCUUCAACAUGACCUUGUAAAAGAGGGGAAUGCGUGCUUCCCAUUUCCUCAGCCAUAAACAUGGUCAUCCAUGCCAUGCCAUUUACUAAUUGAUUAAAUAAAAAUUGAGUUCUUUUGGGGCUUGAAUUUAUUAAUCUAGCAUGUGUAAUGUCGUCAUUUUUAAUAGAAAAACUGUGGUUUGAAAGCCUUUUAUCA